GCCUUUCUCUCUUUCUUUGUCUGCUCGCUCAUUGUUAGAACUUCCCCGAGCUUGCUUUAGGUAACUUGCUCGUCUGAGGCAGGUCGCACGCACCACUCUCCGCGCAAGUCGGUCGGGCUUCGUGGUCUCUUUUCCGCCCACAUCUCCGGGAACCAAUUCGAUCUAUUCCUUGUUCUCUUUCCCUCCUACCUCCCCUCCGUCAAUUGAUCGCAGCCGACGUCUAGCCCAUCAUGCUGUCGCUUUUGUGGUCGGUUUUCUUCGUCCAUGUCGCCAUCUAUUUGGUUAAUACCAUUGGCGCUAGCACGAUUGAUAAUUUGCUAUGGCUCCUCUACCUAAAGGUCCCGACCUCCACGUCGAAGAAAUACAGAGAACAAAACCGACUUAAGCGCGAGGUCGUCCAGCUGAAGCGGGACAUGAACAACACCAGCUCACAGGAUGAGUUUGCGAAAUGGGCGAAACUCCGACGGAAGCAUGAUAAGACUAUGGAGGAAUAUGAGGCGAUAAACAAACAACUCAGUUCGCAGAAAACCUCUUUCGACUGGGGCGUCAAAAUAGUUCGCUGGUUCGGUACAUCUGGUCUCAAGUUCUUCCUGCAGUUCUGGUACUCGAAAACGCCUGUCUUCCAUCUGCCGGAGGGCUGGCUUCCUUACUACGUGGCGUGGGUGCUGUCGUUCCCCCGUGCGCCGAUGGGGUCGGUGAGCAUCCAGAUUUGGAGUAAUGUUUGUGCGACGGCGAUUACGACGAUGGCGGAGGUGGUGACGGCUGUUUUGUUGCAGAGGGCUACUGCUGCUGCUGCGCCUGCUGCGAAGAAGACUCAAUGAAGUUAUGUGUAUGUAUGCUAUGCUAUGCUAAUGGAUGCAUGGAUGUUUUGAGCUACGUGGAGUUGGAUGUGUAAAAAUAAG